GCACUGGUUGAAUGUGAAAGAAAAGGAAAAUUCAAAAAUGGCGGGAACCCUAGCUCUGGUUUCUAUGAGGGAUCAGUGGGAGAUUUCCUUCGCACGCUUCAUCCCUUAUUCCUCUCUUCCAAUCACUUCCUCCUCCUCCUCCGCCGCCGCAGGUCUCCUCCCUCUCCCUCCGCGCCUCCGCAACCGCACUCCUCGCGGCAACUGGAUCUCCUCCUCGUCCUCCUCCGCCGCCUUCCUCCGCCUCUCCCCCGAUCUCUCCGCCUCCGACACCAUCCUCACCGUCUCCUUCAACUCCAAACACCUCGAAGAACACUACGUUUCGAAGCUGCUAUUUUCAUGGCCACAGGUAUCGUGCGUCCCAGAGCUUCCUGCACGGGGCAUCAGAACUGUGCUAGUGAGCUACCGAGAUUCCGCCGGCGAGAUUCAGAAGUUCGCUCUGCGGUUUCCAUCAAUAUAUGAAACACAGUCAUUUAUCAAUGCUUUGAAGGAGAUCCUGAAAGACGAGAAGGACCCAGAACCAUUAAAUACUGACUUUGGUUCUGAAAUUUCAUCGCAAUCAGAAUUCAUGUCCUCAAACAAGCGUGCCCACAGAUCUUGUGAGGAACUGAGCUUUAUGACUCCCCUUGACAAUUACGUUCCACAAAUGCCACUACGUAUAAAUAAUGGAGAGCAACCUUCAGGAACCCAAGAAAAGGAAACAACUCCUGCUCAAAAGUUUGACGGUACCCUCCCAGCCUUACCACCAAGUUUUGCCACACUCCUGAUGGAUUGUUCCGAGGUCAAGCAUGCUCAACCAACUGUUUCAGAGGAAAUUGAUCUCAAGUCUCAAAUUGUGAGGUACAUGGAAGAUUCUUCCUUCCACGUCCUAAGCAGAAUAUGAAUGGAAAGUUUCUUAUUCUUGUUUGGCUUGAAGAUGAAUUCUUUUUCAUAUAUGUUGGUCAAGGUGGAGAAAGUUAUCCACGAGAUCGGGGGAGAUAUGUCCCUUAGUUCGGCUGGGCAUUGAAAAUGACGUACUGAGAAGCUUGGAAUCUCUUCCUGCUUACUGAACCAUGGUGACCAUUACCCACAUUCUACACAAAUUUUGUAUAGUGGCUUUCUUUCAUUCUCUGUUAACAAUGCACAGUGCAACUAAGUUACUGAUGGCUUUCAGCACAUAGCAAUGCCAGGAGUUUCACGUAUUUAGCUAUUAUAAUCAGAUCAAAUGUUUCGUUUGAUAUAUUUUAGUCAAAACAGCAAUAUCUUAAAUACCUUAACUCAAUCUAGUUAAAGUCUCUUAAUGUUGAGCUUUUCUCCACUUUGUCA